GAAAAAGACGAUUAGCCGUCAACAUUUCGGUUAACAUGCGAAUUACAUCUCUUUGUUAUGAUAAGUAAUGUAACAAUAGCUUGGAAAAAAGGUACAAAGUGCUUAACAAUGUGUGACUAUUGACUUUCUGCUCAGAAAAAGCUUAACGACAUCGUUAUGCUAGCUACCGACCAAGCUAACAUUAGCUAAAAACAACAGCUCACAGGAAACUCCAACAGCAAGCUAAAGUCGAGUUAAUUUCAUAUUUAAUUUACUAUUUUUAUUCGCAGAAGCCGUUAAAACGUCAUCUACGAGCAGACGUUUUUUGUCCAGUAAAAUUAAAAUUAUGGAUAUAUAAAUAUGGAGUCCACCGUGUUAAAGACAGCAGUUGAAGAGGAUUCAGCUAAAUGUUAUAUCUGCUUGAGUCCCUUUAUAAAUCAGUUAGUUGGCUCUCUGGAAACCUGCCGGCAUGUUUUCUGUCUUCAGUGUAUCCUCCAGUGGUCCCAGACAGCCAACACUUGCCCGGUGGAUCGGAUCAGUUUUGCUUUCAUCCACCAGAGACGCUGUCCUGAAGGGGACAUCCAAAAGAAGAUCAAAGUAAGGACAAAGAAAAAGGACGAAGAUGACGAAGAAGAGGAGGGGAGCAAUGCUGUUAUCUGCGAGGAAUGUGGACGCAGCGACCGCAGACACCGGUUGCUCGUGUGCACACACUGCGACUCCGGGUAUCAUAUUGACUGCCUGACACCAUCAUUAAACACGAGCCCUGAAGGUGACUGGGUUUGUGCCGAGUGUUUGGUCAGUCCUCAGCACACAGACGGCUCCGUGCUGGAGGAGGAGAUCAGUGAUGGAGAACUAACAGACCUCCUCGCUGAAGUAGUAGAUGAAACUCCAUCUACCAGCAGUCGCCUUCGGCCCUCCACCAUUAAUCGUCCCGGCGGCGCCACUGAACGACGACACAGCCGGAGGAUCCAGAGCAGAGCCAGCAGCGCUGCUCGGCCUCGCCCCCAAACCUCCUGGCAUGUACCGAAAUACCUGUUACAUGCAGCAAAGCCUGAAGUCACAACAGACGAAGUAGCUGCACGUCAUCAAAGUGAUUCCAGCGAUGCUUCAGUUGAGUUAAAUACCCGAAAAAAAAGGAAGCGUGACGCUUGAGCUCCUGACACAUAGAAGAGUAGAAGCUGGAAGAUGUGUAUCAUCACUGCCUGUUAAAGGUGCGCCUGUCAGAAAUGACCACAUGGUGGCAGCAUUGUGUUAGCAGCUGGAUGUUCAGUUCAGCCGUAAACUUCAGGGUAUGAAGGCACUGACCAAAAACUGGCUGCUAUACCUGACUGAGACCCUGUGUGACGUCCUUACCCUCUUUGUGACAUUCAGUACACGCACAUGGAUUCCU